AUGCUUCCUUUGUUUCUUUCUUACUUUCUUACGUUAUUUCCUUCUUUCUUCAUGCUUGCUUUAUUUGCUACUUUCUUUCUUUCUUUCUUUCUUUCUUUCUUUCUUUCUUUCUUUCUUUCUUACGCUGUUUGUUUGUUUGUUUGUUUCUUUCUUCAUGCAUGCUUUAUUUGCUUCUUUCUUUCUUUCUUACGUUGUUUCUUUCUUUCUUUCUUUCUUUCUUUCGUUCUUUCUUUCUUCAUGCUUGCUUUAUUUGUUUCUUUCUUUUGUUUUUUGUUUGUUUCUUACGCUGUUUGUUUGUUUGUUUUUUUCUUUCUUUCUUGCAUUGUUUCUUUCUUUCUUUUGUUUCUUUCUUUCUUACGUUGUUUGUUUUUCUUUGUUUCUUUGUUUGUUUGUUUUUUGUUUCUUUCUUUCGUUCUUUCUUUUCUUCAUUCUUUCUUUAUUGUUUCUUUCUUUUCUUCAUGCUUUUUGUUUUCUUACAUUGUUUGUUUGUUUCUUUCUUACGUUGUUUGUUUGUUUCUUUCUUUCUUACGUUGUUUCUUUCUUUCUUACGUUGUUUCUUUCUUCAUGCCUUCUUUAUUUGCUACUUUCUUUCUUUCUUUCUUUCUUACGUUGUCUCUUUCUUUCUUCAUGCUUGCUUUAUUUGCUUCUUUCUUUCUUUCUUUCUUACAUUGUUUGUUUAUUUCUUUUUUCAAAAGCCUUUGUUAUUUGAGAAAAUCUUUCACUCUUGUUUUUCUUUCCUUUUUCUUUGUUGCGUUGUUUUUUAAACUUGUUUGCAUUACGUGCCGUCGUUAUAGAAGCCGAUAUAAUUGCUUUUAUACUUGCUUUUUUUGUUUUUUUUGUCCUUUUCUGUCUUUUCUUCGUUCUUCUUUCUUCAUUCCAUUUUGUCUUUCUAUUUUUUUUGCCUUUUCUUUUUUUUUCCUUUUUAUUAUUUUGUCUCCUUUCUAUCUUCUCUUCUUUAAUUCUUUCUUCUUUUCUUCUUCAUAA